AUGUACAAAGGCCAGGUGCCGGGUGCCGGCAUCGUAACUGCUAUCGGUAAAGUUCAAGGUCAAGAUUGCAUGAUUGUUGCGAACGACGCUACCGUUAAAGGAGGAACUUAUUUUCCUAUCACCGUGAAGAAACACUUACGAGCUCAGGCAAUUGCACAAGAAUGCCGGCUUCCUUGCAUUUAUCUCGUCGACUCCGGCGGCGCUCAUUUGCCUGAUCAAGCGGACGUGUUUCCGGAUAGAGAACACUUUGGUAGGAUAUUUUACAACCAGGCUAAUAUGUCAGCUGAUGGUAUCCCUCAAAUCUCUGUCGUUAUGGGAUCAUGUACUGCGGGUGGUGCAUAUAUUCCGAGUAUGUCUGAUGAGAGUAUUAUUGUAAAAAAUCAAGGUACAAUUUACUUAGCUGGACCACCAUUAGUAAAAGCGGCUACUGGUGAGUCUGUCUCAUCGGAAGCUUUGGGAGGAGCUGAUUUACAUUGUCGUCAGUCUGGAGUGACAGAUCAUUAUGCUCAAGAUGAUGAGCAUGCAUUACACUUGGCUAGGAAUGCUGUAUCUAAUCUAAAUUGGAACAAUGAUCAGCGAGCCAGAAUCGUGACACCAAAGGUCGAAGAACCACUAUACGAUAUUGAAGAUUUGCAUGGAAUUGUUGGUGCAAAUAUACAAAGGCCUUUUGAUAUUCGAGAAGUAAUCGCCAGAAUUGUCGAUGGCAGUAGAUUCCAUGAAUUCAAACAACUGUAUGGCGACACAUUAGUAUGUGGAUUUGCCUUUGUAUAUGGUCAUCCUGUGGGUGUUAUAGGUAAUAAUGGUGUUUUACAAUCGGAAGCUGCUUUGAAAGGCUCGCACUUUAUUCAACUAUGUGCCACUCGUAAAAUACCGCUUUUAUUCUUACAAAAUAUUACUGGUUUUAUGGUAGGAAGAGAAGCUGAAGCUGGUGGAAUUGCUAAGAAUGGUGCGAAAAUGGUGACAGCAGUAAGUUGCUUUAAGGGACCGAAAAUAACAGUUUUAGUGGGCGGUAGUUUCGGAGCUGGAAAUUAUGGUAUGUGUGGAAGAGCAUACUCUCCCAGUUUCUUAUACAUGUGGCCAAAUUCAAGGAUUUCUGUUAUGGGAGGGCCUCAAGCCGCUACGGUUCUAUCCUUGGUGGCGAAAGAAAAAGCUCAAAGAGAUGGGAAACCUUGGACGGAUGAAGAUGAGAAAAAAAUUAGAGGGCCUUUAGAAGCUCAAUUUGAAAAGGAAGGACGGCCUUAUUAUAGUACAGCUCGACUAUGGGACGAUGGUAUAGUAGCUCCUAGGGAUACAAGAAAAAUAAUAGGCCUUAGUUUAUCCGCUGCUCUGAAUGCUCCCUUCAGAGACAGUAAAUUCGGUGUGUUUAGAAUG